ACUGUACUAUCCUGAAAAGCAUUACCAGUACUUUCCCUUUGCUUUUGUUUACAUAUGUUAAUUCUUCAUUAUUCAUGAGAUGUAUGCAGCUUAAAAUGGUUUUUUCCAAAAAGCAUUUUAUUUGGUAUCUCGCCAAUGGACUAUUACUUCUACUUAUGGGUUAUUAUGCUUUUAUUACCCCUUAUACAAAAGUCGAAGAGUCCUUUUCAAUGCAGGCCAUUCAUGAUAUUCAAACAUAUAAACUAGGUCUUUCAAAGUACGAUCAUCAAAAAUUCCCAGGGUCUGUCAAAAGGAGUUUUAUUCCUAGCCUAUUCAUAGCACUUAUUUCCUAUUUGCCUGCUAAACACUUUUCUUCCCUUCUGGCAGUACGAUGGACGAUCGGCUUUCUUUCUUGUGAAAGUUUUAUGGCUGUAGCAAAAGCAUUAAGAAAACGUUUUGGGUUCUUUGCCGGUAUCUCAUUUAUCUUAAUAACGGCCGGUCAAUUUCAUCUCAUAUACUACAUGUCACGACCACUACCCAAUGUUUAUGGGCUCAUGUUUACAAACGCCGCUCUAGGUUUUCUUUUGAAUGGUAAGUACUAUAAAUCCAUCUCAGUCUUGGCGUUUGCUGCUGUCGUUAUCCGCUCUGAGAUCUUUCUACUUUUAAGUGUGCUAUCCUUAUCCCUUCUUGGUCAACGCAGAAUUCAUAUUGGUCGACUUUUUCUCAUUGGUGUCUUAUCUUCCGUAACUGCCCUAUCUUUUACGGUUUUCAUUGAUUCCUGGUUUUGGGGAACUUGGUGCUGGCCCGAACUGCAAGCAUUCGUUUUUAAUGUCUUGGAAGGAAAGUCCUCAGAGUGGGGAACAAGUCCAUUCUACUACUAUUUCAAAAGAAUUCCUUGGAUUAUGAUGAAUCCGACCCUAUUUGUGUUUGGUCUCGUAUCUUUCCUUACUGUUCGUUCGUCAAGAAUUCUCCUUUACGUUCCUUUUGCUUUCGUCUUCAUUUUUUCAUUUUUAAAACAUAAAGAAUGGCGAUUUAUCAGUUAUAUCAUUCCAUGGAUUGAUUCAUCCUGUGCAGUUGGUUUCUCACGUUUGAUGCAAUUGAACGGUCAAAACAAAAUGAAUAAUAAUAUCAGGAAGCUAGCUAUCAUUGCAAUUUUUUUUGGCUUUUCUUUUGGAAUUUUUGCAAGUUCUCUAUUACUGAAAGUUUUUACAUUUGCUUAUCCCGGAGGAGUGGCAUUGGAAAAAUUACACUCAAUGAAUAAUAAUUCUUACGAAACAGUUCAUUUGGACACCUAUCCUUGUAUGACAGGCAUCACCCGCUUUCUGCAAAAGCCAAACUGGUAUUAUGAUAAAGAGGAAGAUUCUUCUCGUUUAAAUGACGACCUAUUUCAAACCCAGUUUGACUACAUUAUCACCGACACUCCGAAACUCUACGAAAGAAACUUUGAAGUUUUACAUACUGUUGGAGAAGAUCGAAAAAUUCCUAUAAUAUCUGUUCAGUCAAAGUUAGCCAAUUAUUCUUGGAACAUUCAAAAUUCCGCCUUUCCCGUAUACAUAUUAGCUCAGCAACGCACUAUGACGGAAAAAGUUUCCAUACAAGAUUAUAAUAAAUAUGUUGGUCAAUCUGUGGACAAUAUCAAAAACUGGCCAGAGGUGUAUCGAAUCCUCAAGCCCGGGAGCAUUAUGACUCGCGAUUAUCGUGAAGAGCGACUAAACUUUUUCAUAACGGAGGAUGGAAUUUUAGAUCAUAUAACCCGAGGUUAAAUUAAAAAGUUAUGAACAUAUUCAACAAGCUAUAACUGAUUCUAGCUACAUUUAUCAUACAACAUUUCACAAAACGGAGUUCAACUUGGUGCAUGAAAUUUUAUAUUACUGCGUUGUGUCAUCAUUACCAGCAAGCAUGAGAGUAUGAGUUUAUAUGAUAUGAAAAUAGUAUAUUGCGACGUAGAUUAAUUAUGUAUAGUAAUAAACCCAACUAGACAUAAAAAGGC